UGAAAAAGUUGUAGAGGGAAAAAAGAAAGAAAUCAAUAAGAUGAGAAACCAACACAUAUAUGCCCUAAAGAAACACCUCACAGAUAUUAUGAAACUCGUCGCUGACGUUAAACAGUCAAUAUCAGAAAUUGAGGAAAUUCUUCAAUCCAAUGACGUAAGCAAACCACUUUAUCAUGAGAUAAACUCAGAAAAAUUCACCAAACCUCCAUCAAAACUAAAAAUCGAGUUUCCUGUGUUUACUGGCAAUCAUAACCUAGGGAAAUGUUUACAGUUAUUUGGUCAUAUAUCACCAUUAUCCAUUGCAUCAGAAGAUCUUGGUUACACAAUGGUGGCAUCAAAAGCUUUUUUUAUACCCCGUCCUCAAGUAAAACCACUGCUUGAUAAACAAGAGCUCAUCACCACCAUAGACACUGGGUAUAAAUAUCUAACCAGUGUUACCUGUCUCAGUGACGAAGAAUUCUGGACAUGUGGAGAAGAUAAGAUUAUGAAACUCUACAACCUCCAGGGAAAACUUAUGAAGUCAAUCGAAACCAAGUCUGGAAAAAGCCCAAGUGACAUAGCAGUGACAAGGAGUGGAGAUUUAAUUUAUAUUGAUACAAGUACUGUAAACAUAGUGAAGAAUAAACAGAUACAGGAGAUGAUCAGACUUCCGGGUUGGAUACCUAACAAUGUCUGUAGUACCCCCUCGGGUGACCUCCUGGUUACCAUGGACAGUGAUGAUAAUGAACAAGCAAAAGUUGUACGUUACUCUGGCUCCACAGAGAAACAAACCAUUCAGUUUGACAGUAAAGGCCAACCUCUGUAUUCGUCCGGUGAUCUUAAAUUCAUCAAUGAAAACAAGAACCUUGAUAUCUGUGUGGCUGACUAUGGAGCCCAUGCAGUCGUGGUGGUUAAUCAGGCAAAACAGCUCCGAUUUAGAUACACUGGCAAUCCCUCUACUACCAAAGGACCAUUCAAUCCAGCUGGCAUCACAACUGACAGCCAGAGUCAGAUCCUGACAGCGGACUUUACCAGCAGCUGUGUCCAUAUCCUAGAUCAGGACGGACGAUUCCUCCGUAACAUUGAUAACUGUUAUUUAUACCGUCCAUGCAAUUUGUGUGUAGACACCAGAGACAACCUCUUUGUGGCUGAAUGUAAGAGUGGUAAAGUGAAUAAAAUCAAAUAUUUGUAAUCAAUUGAUGCUUGCUAAAUCUUAUUUCCAUGCAUUGCGAUAUUAAAGGUACGUGCUCAAAAUU